UUUAGCACAGCUCCCAACCCUCAGGCUGGGCAGGGGAGGAUUUUCUCCUCGGGACUUUGGGUACAUGGGAGGCUGGCUGGAGUCCCACGUCCAGCUAUAAUUAACCGCAGAGCCAGCUGGGAGCCUAUCCAACAUUUCCCCCGAUCAGACUCCGGCUCCGAAGGACCUCUGGAAAGGUCAGCGUCACCCCACGACAAGCGCCCCACAGGUAGGAGAGGGCUUGGGUGGGGUGUGAGCCCCCUGGGGAGCAGGCAGGGAUCCAGGGGGGCACACAAUGCACACCAGACAGAUACAACAACACAAAUGCAUGCACCCAAACACGUAGGCAUGGGACAUCUGCCAGAAAAUCAAACAGAUCCAGCCCACACAAGCGUCAGAAAACGAAUACACCACCAAUAUGUACAACACAGACAUGGCCACGCACAGCCCAAGCACGCACGUACAACACAACAAACGCGUACGCCAUGAGCGUAUGGACUAUGCACAGCAGAAAUGCACAAAAACAAAUGCACACACACACCACCGACCUCCAAGCUAUACACGACACACACAGAAGACAUACCCAAUGCAUCCACAUAACUAAUACGCACACACAAAACUACAUACAUCACAUAUACACACUUACCACACAACAAAUACACACUCCUGAAUGUACAGACCGGAUAUAAAGUAUCAUAACACACACAUAUCCAAAACAACAAAUACAGGCGUGCACCACACAACAAAUACACACCCCACAAACAUCCAGGCCACUCAUAAACAUGUCUAUACAUAGCUGCACAAAAAAUACACACCACAAACAUUUAGAUCCCAUUAAUACACACAGAUGUGUCUACACGUUCAAUUAAUGCUCUUCAGGUGAUGAGCAUUAAAUCUAGUACCUCCACUGUGAGCUACUAGAAAAAUGCCCUUUAGGCUAUUUGAAUUAGCCCAUUUCAAUCACAUUAGCUAAAGAGCAUGUUUUUGGGGGACACUUUAAUGCGCUUUAAAAGACACUAAUGAGUAUUAAAGUGCACAUGUAGAUGUGCCCACACACCACACCAAAAAUAUGCACACAACUCAGCGAUUAUAUAGACGCACGGGCCGCAAACGCAAUGAUCUACACAUACCUCGCACAAUAUGUCACGCUUAGCUCAGAAACUACGCGAUACUACAUAAUACAAGGACCCCACACACACAACACACACACGGUAGAUGUUCAGGUUUAAGCUCCUAAGGGUGCUAUUUCUUACCCUACUUAUCAUUGUGGUUCACAGAGCGAGGAAAAGGGCACCGGGCCUUUCCCAUCCUUUCCCGGCAGGGAGGAUGUGGCCAGGUGUGGGACCGGAUUCCCCGGCAGAGGAAGAGGAGGAGAAGGCCACGUCAGAGCCCCGCAGGGAGCUGCUGAACGAGGACCAUGCCCGGCAGUUCUUCGAGGUGGCGGUGGAGCUCUGUGCGCAGAACCAGCUGGUGGAUGUGGACGUGAUCUCGGGCUCAUGGACAUAUCAUGCCCACGCUGUGGUUCUGGCAGCUGUGAGUUCCUUCUUCCGAGAGCGGCUGGAACAAGGGGCAGUGGGUGAGGUUGACAUGAGCCAGCUGGCCACGCCGCAUGGCUGGAAAGCCAUUCUGGAUUUUGCCUACUCAGGGGUUGUGGAGACCACAUCAGACAGUGUCCAGGAAGUGGUGGCUGCAGCGCAGGUCCUGGGGGUGCCACGAGUGGUGGAGAUUUGCCAAAGAUGGCUCAGUCCAGAAAAAGAGGAGGAGGAGGAGGAGGAGGAGGGAAGGAAGACCCCAUCUGAUGAGCAGUGGGAGACCUUGCAUAGCAUUGAAAAGCUAUAUGGAGAUAAGAUUGGCUGUGACCUGGACCUGGAAGCUCAAGGAAAGACUUUCAAAGUGCACCGCGUGGCCCUGUGCUGUGGCUGCGAGUUUUUCCGGGCCAUGUUCACCAGCGGGAUGCGGGAGUCGGUCCAGGCCACCCCACUCCGCACCCUCUUCUCGGUGCCGGACCUCCACCUCCUCAUCUCCUUCGCCUACUCAGGAGCACUAGGAGGCACCUGGGAUGAGAUCCUGGAUGCAGCACAGACUGCCCUGCAGUACCAGGCAUCGGGCAUCUUCUCCCUCUGCCUAGACCUCUUCCAACACCAAAUGACCCCAGAGACCAGCCUAGACGUCCUAUCCUUUGCCCAGGCCUAUGACCUGCGCCAGCUGGUCCAGACAGCUGAGGACUUUGUGCUGAUGAACUUUCCCUGCGUCUCGUCCACCCCCAAGUUCCUGGACCUCUCUCUGGACCAGCUUCUACGGUUCCUCCGCUCCGACGCCCUCUACAUCCUCAAUGAACUGGAGGCCUUUGAAGGUGCCCUGCGGUGGCUGAAUGCCGACCGGGCCCAACGGCUGGAGGAAGCUGAGAAAGUCCUCAGAUCCAUUCGGUUCCCCUUGAUGUCUGGACGGGAGUUAAAGCGGGUGCGUGCUGUGGAUUUCAUGGCGAAACCGGGCCGGUUCUACGACCUGCUGGUGGAGUCGCUUGCCAGCAUCCCCCCCGGCACGUCCACUAUGGAGCGGCUGCCAUGCCGCAUCCGCACCACGGAGAAGGUGCUGGUCAUCUGCGGCGGAGACAGCGUCACGGCAAACAUGGCCAUGCGCUGCCCCAGCCGGGAGCUGUGGUUCGCCCACCGCUUCCUCAGUGGCAUCGGGCUGGUGAAGCAGGUGGAGUGGCGGUACCUGGGGGAGUUCCCCGAUGGGCCACGCUUCCGCCACGCCGUGGUCGUGAUGGGCAACGUGCUGUAUGUUGUUGGAGGCAAGCAGUACUAUGGGGUGAGGGACACGCUGACCACGGCGUUCAGGUUUGACCCCAUGCAAGGCUCCUGGGAGCGCCUGGCAGACAUGUCUUGUGGACGCAGCUACUUUGCAGCCGUGGGUGCAGGUGGGCUGCUCUAUGCAAUGGGAGGCAGCUCUGCCGACCGAUACUGCAUGGACUCGGUGGAGUGCUACAACCCAGCUGCCAACGCAUGGAGACCGUCCCACCCUCUCCCGGCUGCGCUCUGCGGCCAGGCUGCCUGUGUGCUGGAUGGCACCAUCUACGUUUCGGGCGGCUGCGACGGCUCCUGCCGCUGCCUGACCGCCCUGCUCCAGUACCACCCGAACCACCCACCCACCCAGCGGGCACCUAUGCAGGAGGAGCGUGCUGGCCAUAUCAUGGAGGCUUUGCGGGGACAGCUGUACGUGGCAGGGGGCUUGCGCUGGCGGGACGGCCACGGGGGCUAUGCUGACCAGCUGGCCUGCGAGGUCUACAGCCCUCGUCUGGACACCUGGACCCUGCUGAGCCCCCUGCCCCACGCCCACGUGGUUGCUGCCUCAGUUGUACUGCAGGGAGAGAUGUAUGUCCUGGGGGGGUACAGCCAUAACACCUAUCGUGACACUCACCUAGUGCACUGCUACCACCCAGGCCAGGACCGCUGGAUGAGCCUGGGCACCCUGCCCCAGGCCUAUGCAGACCUGCGGGCCUGUGUCCUGUCUGUGCCACCUGCCUUGAGGGACGGCGAAGGAGGAUCCCAACACCACCCCAAGGGGAAUAAGAGCCUCCCCAGUUCCUCCCUUUAGGAUGAGGGGCCCUGAUGCCCCUCUGAUACUUUCGUCCAGUCCACCCACAUUAUGGGUGCUUUCACUGAUCCACUACAAGUUGGUCAAAACUAUUCAUGUUGCACCUUACCGACCACUCUACGACCACCUGUUUAAUCCACCCAAGGCCUGCCUCCCUUCGCAAUGCCCCUUAUGGAGCAAGCUCCCUGACCAGGAUUUGUCUGCAAGAUACUCUCUGGAUUAAGCAACGGGAUUCACGGGAAGUCACAAACAAGUGCCUUGUGACAAACCUCACUCGUCAACCUGCUGGCUUUGAACUACCACGGCAAGAGCGGUCCCUGCUAAAGAGGCUCAGGACAGGCCGAGGCUCCUGUGCAGCCAACCUUCACCGCUGGGGCCUCAGUGCUAACCCAUUGUGCACUUAUGGAGAGAUGCAAGCAAUGCUGCGCAUCAGCGAGGAGUGUCCCCUCUACGUACUUAAGAGGUGGAUUAAUAACUUUGAACUCAGCUGACAAGGAGGCUAUUGCUUGGCUUCGGGGAUUUGCAUUCGCUAAAUAAAUAAAUAAUGGGGGCUCUAUCAUAUGAGCUGAGAGGCCUCUUGGAUCCCCCAAACAGGACAAGGCUGUCUCCAACAUGACAGGGAGAUCCCCCCAAAAUGGAUACUCUUCCUUACGUGUGGGACAUCAGCCUGGCACUGCCCCACAGGACUGGGGUAUGUCUGAUAGAGAAGGAGGAGAGACGGGGGAUCAGCAGGGGAGAAGCCUGAUGUUUCCUGAUCAGCUGCGGUGUGGGGUGACCGAGGUUGCUGUGUCCAGGGGCAAGGUCUGUCCACCCCAUCACUGUGGGGCCAGUACCAAAGUAAGUCAGUAAAGAGGGUAUGCAAUUCAUGGUCCUGCCUGGUUCUUUUAAGGGGACUGAGGAAGAGACACAGACACAGCCCCAGGGCCCACACAGGCAGAAGUCAAAGGGUAGGACCCAGGACUCCUGGCUUCAAGCCUGGAUCUAACCCACUAGAGCCCAUUCCCCCCGCCUGGAUCUAAGAGCACCCCGAGUUCCCAACCGCUGCAUUUCCCAUCACUGAAAUGAGGAGCAGCUGAUUUAAUCUGGUCUUGGCUCCUCGGUAUCAGUAUUGGUCACAGCUGGGGUGAGGCUGGGAACCCAGACGCCGGAGAUCUAUUCCCAGCACCGGGAGGGGGAUGGGGUCUAGUAAGUUAUGAAGCGGGAGAGGAGCUAGAUCCUGGACUCCUGGGUCCUUUUCCCUGCAUUAAACAAAGCAGGUCCGAGAACCAGGACUCCCUCCUCCAGCUCAAGGAAGAGAGAUCUAGUGAUGCGGGGCAGAGGGCAUCGGAGCCCACAUGCCUGGGUUCCCAUGGGGGAGGACGGGGAGGACUUCCCUCCUGUCUUGUUAGACAACUGACACCUGAAACCUGCUUCCUGGUAGCUGUUGGAGGAACCCUGGCAUGUAACUUGUGGGAGGUUACCCAGGGUUGGGUAGUUCCCAAAAGGCUUAGCUGGCUUAGCCUUCCCAGAAGGGCUCUGGGGCUUUUUCCAAGUAUGCGGAGCAGGGAAGGGGGACGAGGCUGUGGUGCAACAUUGCCCCUCACGACUACAGCUAGCAUUGUUGUGGCAUACGCCACAAACCAGUGGUUCUCAACUUCCUGAAACUCAAGGCGCCCCUCCUGGGGCUCCAGACCCCUCUCCACAACUUCAGUGAAUGGAGCAGCACUGCAUUCGAGAAACUAAAUGUAUUUACUGCAGGGCUUACUUCCUUGAAGAGGGACCUGGCAGUGGGGACAGGGGAGCAGCUAGGCAAGGAGAGCCUGAGCCUGCCCGUAUUUGCUUAUCUCCUCACACUUCUUGCAGCACCCUUCAAAGGAUCUCGCGGGACUCCAGGGCACCCCAACACCCUGUGAAGCACUGCCAUACUCUCUCCCCUCUUGCUAACAGUGGAUGACCAACCUGAUGUGUCCUACAGCUAAGAACCAGGAUGCUGCUUUGCUCUGUCACUAUUAAAUUUAUUAAAAUAUGAAAUGAUUGGAAACUAGUCUUUGCAAAUAAACCACUACUGGUGUAAAAACCACUUGCUUACUUUGGUUGCCCUCCUGCUGGGG